UCACUAUCGACUCGUGCAUGACAGAUAUCCCCCGAUGCCCCGCAUAUAUGGCAAGAAGAAGCAGACGCGACUCUCUUUCGCCCCGAUAGGCUCCUCGCCGACUAAGAACGAGUCCACCUCGGACGGAGAGCGCGAUCGCCGGGCCACACUUCGGUAUUCGCAUCCAUCCCGGCCCGUCAUCCAUACCAGUCGCCCACGGACAGAGACCGCCUCGCUCACGCCGUUUGUCAAGAAGACCGGGAAACCAUUCACGAAUACGCAGACCGCGCCCGAGUCAGUGAAACAACCCGCGCGCAAAUCCUCGCGCAAGAAGGGCAAGGAGCGCGCGACCUCGCCUCCUCCCGUCGUGAAAGCUGAGAUAGUAUCGAAGGAUGAUGAUGAUGAUGAAGAUGAUAGGGUAGAGUCCGCGGUGGAGCGGAAAGCUGUUCGGAAGUCGUCGCGUAAGCAAGGUCCGGAUUAUGCGACCUCUGCUUCGGUGAAGGCUAAGAAGUCUUCAAAAGAUGGGCUUCGUGAGGCGGAUGUGGAAUCGAUGCAACCAGCCGAACCCAGUCAAGAACGUGCAGUCACACCGGAGCAGGAUAGUGAGAGUGAUAUCGAUAUGACCCGCAGCGCGCGCAAACGAUCGGUCCUGACGUCGCAGAAGCGGAAGAGAUCAGAGGAGUCUUCUGAUAGCGAGCCGUCUCUACAAGUCGUCUCAGACGAAAGUGACGGCGAUGAUGUCGUCAGCAGACCUCGUCGAAAGCUAAGGCGGGGCACGGUUGCUCAGCCAGUGGAGGAGGACGACGAAGAUGAGGAGGAUGAUUUACCAACUGUGCCUCGGACACCUAGCCGUGCCAGACACCAGGAUGACCUAGACAUUGAGGAGGACCUUCAGGCUCUACAGGAUUCAGUGGUCAAAGAAAGCAGAACUAGAGGUCGCCUCGCCAACUCAGCUAGGGCCCAACGACAACAACACUUAGAAGCGCUCCGCCGUCGGAGAGCAGGUAAGCUUGAGUCGGACGCGGAAGACUCCCAGGCCGAACCAGAAGAGAACGGAGACGAAGCCGAAGAUGACGAAGAAAACGCAAGCGGAGCGGAAAGUGAAACCGCCGCAGCCAUCAGACACAGAACUCUCAGCAAAAACGAUGACAGCGAUGUGGAAUCGUCCAUUGCAGGCAAUGACGAUUUGGAUCGCUAUGAGGAGGACUUUGUCCUAGAGGACGAAGACGAUCUCCUGGGUGCACCCGCAGGCCUGGAAGAGAUGCCGUUCGAGUUCACCCGCCACGCUUACAAACAGAUGAAGGAUUACUUCCAAGACGCAGUCGAGUGGAUGGUGCACAACCAGCUGAACCCCGCGUUCCCUCGCUCCAGCCCAGUCUACGAACUCGCCUUCAGCAAACUCGAGGAUGAGGUCAAGGGCCGCACGGGGUCACAGCUGGUUUCAUCUGUGUGGACGCCAGAUUUCCGCCGCGCACUGCUGGCACGGCCGCAUCUCGAGGUGACCUCCUACCCAAUUAUAGACAACCACCCGUGCGACGCAUGCAAGCGAUCCGGUCACCCAGCAUCGUUUGACAUCAAGCUCUGGGGCAAACCGUACGCUGUAGAUACACUCGAGCCUCUCGAAGACGAGGACAGUGAGGAUGAUGAGAAUGAAGAAAAAGAAGAAAAGAACGGCCGGGACAGAGACCGUGACGGCCACGUCCUGCCCGACGAGAACACUCGCUUCCUACUUGGACGACACUGCAAAACCAAAGCAAACCUCGCACACACACUGACCCACUGGCGCUUCCGCCUCAACGAGUGGGUGACCGACCACCUCGUCCGCAUGAAAUAUCUAACCGACGACCGCAUCGUCGAACGCAGCCACUGGAGCCAGAAGAAGCAGACCAAGUACGCCAUCAAAGCCAUGGAGAAGAUGGUGCAGGACGGCGAGAUCAAGAAACUCUGGCGGGACUUCCACAUUGAUUUGAGAACGGCCCGCGAAUCGAGUUCCCUGGGAUAGGUCCCAUCGCCAUGGCCGGCGCGUGCGUUGUUGUUGCUUUGGGUUUUGACGGCCAUUGGGGAUUCCGAGGGACUUUUGCAUCCUAGGUUACCGCUCGCUCAGUGCAUUUCCCCCACUGUUUUGGAGCCAGUGGUCUAUACCACCGCAGUAAGAUCUCGGCUCUACAGACUUGACAUUUCUUCCCCUUACUUUCCUUCUUUCUGUUCAUAUUCCAAGUAUGCGUUGCCUGUGACGGGCCUUUUCUCUCCGUCAUCUUCAUGAUACCCUGCUUGCUGUUAUCUUUCCUGCGAAAACAGAAUCAUCUAUGCUAGUAGUCCCUAUCAUCUGCCGGC